AUGAAGCACCUCAUCCUAGUCGGGGCGUGCUACCUCGACACGAUCCUCAGCGUGCCGCACUACCCAGAGGAGGACUCAAAGCUACGGGCCACGACCCUCGAGGUCCGCCGCGGAGGCAACUGCCCCAACACGGCCGAGGUCCUGCAGGAGCUCCUGCGGAACUCGUCUACAACAUCGGAGGCGAGGGAUCUCCAGCCCUGGCUCGUCUCGUCCCUCCCCGCCGCCGAGUCGCCUGGAGCUCUAAAGAUCAUCUCCUCGUUCGGCGACGGUGCCGUUGUCCGUCUCGACCACUGCAUGUACCGCGACGGUUGCACCGAGGCCGCCAGCAGCUACAUCAUACGCAGCCAGAAGACGGGCUCGCGGACGAUUGUGAAUUACAACGGCCUGCCGGAAAUGACAGUGGGCGAGUUCGCAGCGGUCGUCGAUGCAUUCGCGGGGGAGCAAGAGACGUGGUGGCAUUUUGAGGUGCGAAGUUUCCCCCUUUUGCAAAUUGCCAGUCGUCCGCCGGUGAGACAUCCCUCGUUUCUCACCUUUGCUUUUCCAAGAGUAGGGUCGGAUUCCAGAGACGACACUGGCAUGCAUCCGCCAUCUUCGACAAUCAUUGCCCUCGGCCAGGGUCAGUGUAGAGGUGGAGAAACCAAAGAGGGAAGGCCUGCGAGAACUAGCAGACGAGGCCGAUGUUGUGUUUUACUCCAGGAGCUGGGCAGAGGUCAGUAG